AACAAAAAAAUACAAAUAUAUAUAUAUCAUUUUGUCCAUGCACAUUGGUGUAAAAACUAGUGGAGAAAAUACAAUGAAAUUAAUACAUUCAUGCUCCUGUUGCCUAUAGGAUGUAGAGUGCAUUCUAUGCGUUUCUUUAUAAAAAAUCAUCUGCUCAUUUAAUACAAUAUUCGUGUAUACAUCAUUCGUGUAAAUUGAGCUGGGAUUGAGGCACGCUUAUAUUAAUUGGUCAUUCCUAACACCCAAAUGGCGAGUUGAUAAUGGCUAUUAUGCGAUAACCCGGCCAUUCAUUCUGCAAAUCGCCUUGUUUGACAUGCAAGUUUAAAGUAAUUAUUAACCAUCCAGUCUGAGCUGAAAGCGAUUGUUGUGUGUGUGUGUGUGUGUGUGUCUCUCUGUGUGUGUGUGUGUGUGUGUUUAGCUUUUAAAUAUCUGAAUGUAUCCAAUAACCCAGACAAAAGGCGUAUAGUGUCCACAAUAGAACAACACCACUAAUUCCAAGCAGCCAUAUUUAAUUCCAUUGUGGCUCGCCUGUAGGGCUGCGUCGAAUGCAAAGAAAAUUCCUCCUAGUUUUUUUUUUUCAUUAAAAGCUCGAUUUGUGAGUUGGUUAAACGCAACACCGCAGAACCCUGAACCUCGUACUGAAUCGAAAAUGCAGGCAAAACCACCGAGCAUCUACGUUUUGUCAAAUAAAUCGUUUGUGGUUAUUAUAUUUUUUUUAUGUCUUUGUGUCGCCCAAUGCACCAGGUAGUGUCAAGGACAUAAGAGAUAAGAGAACAGGAUGGUCCAUGUUACAGCUUUCAACCAAAAUGCAUGUACCAUCCGUCACCAAGAUCUACUCAUAGCAACCGGGCUUAAUACUAAUGAAUUAAUCAAACAAAUACACAAAUAAAUGAAGAUAAAACUGUAAGCGUUAGCAAAUCGUUAUUUCUCAUACGUGCAUGGGUCGUGUUGGCUCAUAACCCCGUUGAUUUUCUUCAAUCUUAUAAAAAAUGUGUGUGUGUCUACAUUUAAAUAAAUACCGAAGACUAGAUGUAAAGCUAUAGCAGCCGGAGCCUAUAUUGUCUCACCCUCGCAUCAAGACACGCUAUUGUUGUUUAAAAUCCUGUGGUGACAAACGACACAGAUUUGAUCCGCUUGCAAGAGGCCGUUGGAAAGAGACUGUCACGUGACCUCGGGUGCCAAUGUUCUUCCAGAAGGUCCGUCAGGACCCUGGUAGCCGGUGAAACACAAUCUGGGAAGCACGGAGAUGCAGAAAACUACCUACUACGACAACUCGACGCUAUUCGGAGGCUACUCUUACCAAGGGGCCAACAGCUUCGGCUAUGAGGCCCCCCAGCCGCCAUACCAGUCCGCGGCCCAACUCGAGACGGACUACCAGAGGUCCGCGUGUUCGCUCCAGUCGCUUGGCAACAGCACCCAGCAGCACGCUAAGUCUAAAGACCUAAAUGGAAGCUGCAUGCGCCCCAGUUUGCCAUCUGAGCACCACCAGGCGCGCCCAGUGUCACCUCCUCAGAACCCCGCCAACAGCGCGUCUAACAGCGGCGGCGCGGCGCAGCAGCCCGGCAGCAAAAGCGCUUCAUCAAAGUCCUCCUCCUCCUCCUCCUCCCUCCCACCCAACCCCACUUUAACCAAACAGAUAUUCCCUUGGAUGAAAGAGUCGAGGCAAAACUCAAAACAGAAAAACAGCUCCCCAAGCACAGCGGAAAGCUGCAGCGGCAGCGGCGGCGGAGGGGACAAAAGCCCCCCGGGUUCUUCUGCCUCCAAGAGAGCGCGCACGGCCUACACGAGCGCGCAGCUGGUGGAGCUCGAGAAGGAGUUUCAUUUCAACCGGUACCUGUGCCGGCCGCGGCGGGUGGAAAUGGCCAACCUGUUGAACCUCAGCGAACGGCAAAUCAAGAUAUGGUUCCAGAACCGGAGAAUGAAGUAUAAAAAGGAUCAGAAAUUGAAAGGGCUGGGGUCCUCCUCUGGCGGUCCGUCCCCUACAGGCAGCCCGCCCCUGUCCAUGCAGUCCUCGGCAGGUUUCAUGAACCCCAUGCACCCGAUGAGCAGCAGCUACGACGCUCCUUCCCCGCCGCCUUUCAACAAACCUCACCAGAACGCCUACGCUAUGUCGACGGCCUAUCAAAACCCAAUGAAAAGCUGCUCUUCCCAACAGAAAUAUAGCAACACUGGGCAGGAGUAUGACCCCCACGGUUUACAGGGUAACGGCGUCGGAUACGGGACUCCCAACAUCCAAGGUAGCCCCGUUUACGUUGGAGGAAACUAUGUGGAUUCUAUGCCGGUCUCUGGCCCGUCUCUGUACGGUCUGAAUCACCUGUCUCAUCACCAGUCUAACAAUAUCGACUAUAACGGUGGGUCGCAGAUGCCAGCUAGCCAACACCACGGACCAUGUGACCCUCAUCCUACAUACACAGAACUUUCAGCGCAUCAUUCUUCUCAGGGUAGAAUCCAGGAAGCGCCCAAGUUAACGCAUCUGUAGCAGGUUUGACAUCGAAACACGACUAACGGGCGCUGCAAUUGGGAUAACUGAGUGUCCAGUGGUUUUUGUCAUUGGUGCCCCCCCCCCCCCCCCCCCCCGCCCCACACACACAUUAUAAAAAUCAAAGUGCGUGUCAUGAGUGAGAACAACUACAACAACCCCGAGUAUGUUUUUUUUGACCCCAUAGUAAAUCAAUUUGUAGGGUAUUUGUGUGUUAAAUUGGGGUUAAACAAUAGCACUUGCGUGUCUCACUGUCAUAAUGUAAUUAAAAAGAAAACGCGUACCUAUCGUUUAACGCUUUGCGUAUAAGCGUCUUAUUGGUUAAGCGUGUGGAAAGAGGUUGUGCAAAUCCAAUAUUUCUUUGUUUAAGUAUAGUUGCACCUGGUGUUUUAACAUGGGACACUGUUUACAUAAUGCAUUCAAAUGCGUUUCAUAUACACCUGUGAAAACUAUCCUCACGAACAAAACUAUACUACAAAUAUAUAUAUAUAUAUAUAUAUAUAUAUAUAUAUAUAUAUAUAUAUAUAUAUAUAUAUAUAUAUAUAUAUCUCAAAGAACAAAAACCACUGGGUACUUGUUUCGCUUUCCUUUUCACAUUACCUCUUUUAUUACCUCUUUUAUUCCCUAUCCCCUCGACUAAUCCAGUGCCAUGCUCCAUUUUUACUAAUAUACAUACCUGACAAAUGUUGCCUGUCAUUGUGGAGUUAUCCCCCAGUUUCUCCAAUGGGGUUGAUAGCCAUGUUUAGCAACUUUAAAAAAAGGGACUUAUUGUUUAUAAGGUUUACAUUCAAAGUCUUCAGCUCAGUGUGUUAGAGUUGUGAGCAAUGCAUAUCCUCUUCUGCAUUGCCUUUUCUUAUAUAGUGUGAAGUCUGUUCUUUCUCACAUUAUUUCUAGGGUUCAUUUACAUUAGUCAACGCUAAUGCUAACAGCCCAUAUUUUUAUGCUCUCUUGACUUGACGUGAAAACAGGGUAUAUUUGAACAAAUUCUAUGUCCUGGAAAGCAAGCAGAAGCGAAGAUGCUUUCUGGUCUGGGGCAUAUUUUGUUGCACUUAGAGUUUACAUUUUUAAUGAGUGAAACAAGUUAUUUUUCACAUGAAAGACUUCCAAUCAGCACCAAUCCUGGAUGUCUUUCAGUGAGUGUGUUCUAGUGAACAUUCAUAAAUAUAUAUUUAUUUGUUAUAGCCAGUUUAAAUAUUUUCUUUUUUUUGUGUAUUAUUUAUCCCCCACAUUAUGUAUUUAUAUCAAGAAACAAAAUUGUACUUUUUCUUAAUUAUUUUUUAGUAUUUACCUGUUAUUAAAAAAAAGACGUUGUGUUCAUGUUAUUGUAAACAGGUUUAUUUCAGUUAUUGUAAUCUUGGCAGACCAGUAGUUUUAUGUUACAUAUGAAUAAUAUAAUGAGUUAUACUGAAGGCAUGAGGACAGAAUCAGACUGUUACUGCAUAGUCAAAAAUUAGAAGAAGUAUAGCUAAAAAAAACAAAAAAAAAACAAAAAACUUUGAGAUCCUUCUUUGUUAUUUGUAGUUAUUUUUUCCUUGCUAAAGAAUUGUCUGUUGAACAAUUCUUUAAAUAAAUUUCUGUUAUUGAGUUGUA